AUGCUUCCUACGCCCCCGGACACGCCGGGGGUGCAGCGGAGCCUGAGCGACAACGAGCUGUCGUAUUUCCUGCCUUCGCGCGCCGACGGCGUCAACGACAUGUACGUGCACCACAACCUGCGUGCUGCGCCCGACGCGCUCAGCCUCCAGCGGGUACGGUACGCAUGGGCGCUCGGGCUGCACCGGCACCCUCUGCUCGCGUGCGCUGUCGAGCUGCGCGCGUACGACGACGCAGUGUUCGCGCACACGCCGGCCGGGACGCUCGCCGCCGCGCUCGAGACUGGCGACCAGCGGCUCACGUUCUUCGAGGCCGGCGACGGCCCGGGGGAUCUCGUCAACGCAUACCUCAACGGCGUGCGCACGCUCAGCGCCAAGAUGCCCGCGCAGCUCAUCAUCCGCCGGGGCACCGCGCGCGGCACCGACCUGUCGGGCGCUUGGGCCGCCGCGGACGCCGACAGCGACGGACUGGACAACGCAGAGGUCAUGCUCUGCACGACGCACUACGUCGGCGACGGGAUGGCGCUGCAUUCAUUCAUGAACGAGUUCUACGCGCUCGUCGGGGGCCCGCUGAAUAUCGACGAGCUGCAGGCACUCCUCCAGACCGAGGUCGACGCGGCGGCGAGGGCGGGCAGCGCCGCGCUGCCCCCGAGCCUCGAGGACCGUAUCCCCCUGAGCAGAUGGCAGCGCGCCGCGGGCGAGGUCGCCCAGCGGCGUGCCGACGCCCAGCUCCUCGGCGGACAGGUGCUGCCCGGCGUGCGGGGUGCCGCGAGCCACACUGUCGUCCCGACGCGCGUAUACUCGCGCGAGAGGACGGCCAAGGCACUAGCGACGUGCAAGGCGCAUGGGGUGACGAUCGCGCAUGCCGUGUUUGCUUUGUGCGCCGUCGCGUGGGGCAAGUAUGCGAGCAGCAGCAGGACCGAGCCAACGAUGAUCUACUCGGCGCUCAACCUCCGCCCGCUGAUGCACCCGGUGCCAGCGCGCACCUCUGCGUCCUUCUUCCACCUCGCAGUGGGCUACUUCAACGUCGUGCUCCCGAGCCUGCGGCCGCCAGGGCUCUCGCCAGCCGAGGUGGUGUGGCUGCACGCGGGGCAGACCAAGCGCCAGACGGUCGCGGCGGUCAAGUCGCCGCUCGCGGGCGCGACGUUCCGCGCGACUGCGUCGGCGCGCGCCGCGCGCUCGCGCCACUGGGCACGCGUGGACGACGAGGCGGCCAACCCCGGCCUCGGGCUCGGCCUGCGCAUCAAGGACCGGCCCCUGCCUGCGCCGGCUGGCGCGACUCAGCGCGACGACGAGGAGGCCAAGCCGCCCCCGCCCCCCGCGGGCAAGGCCCUCAUGGGCGUCUCGAUGCUCGGUAACCUCGACGGUGUGUACAAACACGACACGUUCCCGAGAACAAGGCUCUACUCGCUUACGACGGGGUCGCGCCAGCGUCCUGGCGGGCUGCUCCUGUUUGCCUACACCUUUGCCGGCAAGCUCUUCCUCUCGCUUGGGUACGACAGGAACGGGUUCAAGCCGGGUGUCAUUGAGGCCUUCUGGGACGACGUGCUGCGGCUCGCCGAAGAGGUCAUCCUGGCAGAGUAG